AUACACCGCAAGGACGAAAUACAGCAACAUUGCAGCUGAGAACAACCAUGGAGAGACACUUGAAAGUUGAAGCCAUGAAUCCCAGUGAGAACCAGAGCCACGACGGCCUUCAGAGCCCCAUGGUGGAUGUACAUGCAUCAGAGGUCUUCAUAUCCCAAGCCAUGGAAAUGAUUAUGGAUGAAGCAGUAAAAAAAGCUACUAAUGUCAGAGAAAAGGUGUGUGAGUGGCGUUCCCCAGAGCAGCUGAAAGAGUUGUUGGACCUUACGCUGAGAGAUGGAGGAGAGUCUGAGUCCGAGAUCCUGCAGCGCUGCAGAGAUGCCAUCAGAUACAGCGUCAAGACAACCCAUCCUCGUUUCUUCAACCAGCUGUAUGCAGGGAUGGAGCCCUAUUCCUUGGCGGCAAGCUUCAUUACAGAGGCCCUCAAACCUAGUAUGUACACAUAUGAGGUGGCUCCAGUCUUCACAUUGGUGGAGGAUGCUGUGCUUAGGAAGAUGGUGGAGCUGGUUGGGUGGGAGGAAGGGGGAGAUGGAAUCUUCAAUGCAGGUGGCUCAAUGUCCAACAUGUACGCUGUGAACCUAGCCAGGUUUCGUCACUGUCCUGACAUUAAAGAAGUUGGCAACUCUGCUGCUGUGCGACUGGUCAUCCUCACAUCUCAGGAGUGCCAUUACUCCAUUUCCAAAGCAGCAGCUUUCCUUGGCAUAGGCACAAAGAACAUUUACACGGUUCCAUCUGAUAAGAGAGGGAAAAUGAUUCCCUCAGCUCUGGAGGAGCAAAUAAAGAAUGCCAUAAGUGAGGGUGCAGUACCUUUCAUGGUAAACGCUACAGCAGGAACCACUGUGCUCGGAGCUUUUGAUCCCAUCGAGGAAAUUGCAGACAUCUGUGAGAAGUACAACCUGUGGUUGCAUGUUGAUGCUUGUUGGGGAGGAUCAGUUCUGUUGUCUAAGAAGCAUAAAGACUUGGUGAAGGGCAUCAAUAGAGCCAACUCUGUGGCCUGGAACCCCCACAAAAUGCUGAUGGCAUGUCUGCAGUGCUGUGCUUUCCUGGUCAGGGACAAAACUAGCCUACUCCAGCGUUGCCACUCGGCUCAGGCCUCCUACCUCUUCCAGCAGGAUAAAUUCUAUGACACUAGCUACGACACAGGGGACAAAUCCAUCCAAUGCAGCAGGAAGCCAGAUGCCUUCAAGUUCUGGCUUAUGUGGAAGGCUUUGGGAACCAGAGAGCUGGAGCAGAGGGUAGACAGAGCCCUGGCCAUGGCCAGGUAUCUUGCACAAGAGGUCAAGAAAAGAGAAGGGUUCACUCUGUUGAUGGAACCUGAAUAUGCAAAUGUUUGCUUCUGGUACAUUCCACCAAGUCUGAAGAAUCUUCCAGACGGCCCAGAGCUCUGGAAAAAACUCCAUGCUGUGGCUCCAGUGGUGAAAGAACGCAUGAUGAGGAAGGGCAGUAUGAUGAUUGGCUACCAGAUCCAUCAUGACAAGCCCAACUUUUUCAGGAUGGUUAUCAUCAGCCCUCAAGUCAGUAGGGACGACAUGGACUUUGUCCUGGAUGAGAUACAUAAUCUGGGAAAGGAUUUGUGAUCAAUCAUUAUUGUUUUGCGGAGCAUCUGUCAUAGAUAUUCAUUUGUACGAGCGGUGAUUAGCACCUUUACUUUACUUUAGCUGAAGUUGAGCAGAAGGUUGUUUUCUUUGCACCACUUGGCAAUAUUGUUAAUUUUCGAGCGAUAUAGUCUCAUUAUUGUACGCAUUCGGUUCAAUCAGCUCUAGAACCAGUUUUCAAACACUCUAUGAGAUUGGGGGUGAGUAUUACAUGGUUGUUUAGACUAGACACUGCAGACAUCUUUAUGAGCUGUCAUGGUAAUUUGUGUAUAACUUGCUAUAUAAGUGUCUUUCCCCACUAUAUUAAUAAUAUAGCAAUAUUUCCAGCACUCUUUUAGCAAUAAGUUAAUAAAUAAGUGGCAAGUAGCCUUUUUGCGUUUUGGCCCAUUUUAUAGAGAAUUGGUGGUGGGAGGCAGUGGAUUUUUUGGGGGGAGAUGGCAGGUAGAUGCCACAUGUACAAAAACUCACACAUUUUGGAGAUUUUUGUAUUUCUGCCAAUUGGAUGGCAAGCACUUUUUUCAUGGAAACUGAUGAGUCCCCCCUUAUUAUUAGUGUACCUGUGAAAGCCAUCCAAACUAACAGGGUGAUGAAGGCCAGGGCAUGGCACGACUCAAUCAAGAGCCCUUGUUCAGUGGGAUAUCAAAAAAUGGCAGAAAAGGGCAUUUGGAUAUAUCAGUACUUUGUAAGCUUUUUGUAACGUGUCAAAUAUUCUAGACCAAAACAUUUGGGGUUCUCUCUUGGUACUCCCACUAUCCAAAAACAUGCAGCUUAGGUUAAAUUGGUGAGUCUAAUUUGCCCGUAGGAGUUAAUGAGAGUGUGAAUGGUUGUCAUGUGUCAGCCCCGUGAUAGUCUGGCGACUGAAAGCAGUUAAAGGAAGGGAAAAGUGUGAACUUUCAGCGCUUGGCCAUCUCACAAUCUCAACUAAUUCAUUUGAGAGUUGGGUUGGGUUAGUAACAUCAAUAAGUUGAUUGGGUUUCUUUAUACAUUUUUGUCCUUUUUCCUCAUAUAUCCAUAGAAGUUGAAGUUGUUAGCUAUAUACUUCUGGUUACGUUUCUUUUAAUCUCAUUUAUCAAAUGUACUCACUUACCCUCAUAUCCUUGUACCGACGUAUCACUUAAUAUCCAUGUAUUAGUAUGCUCAUAUGAUCAUAUAUUUGGAAAAUGAUGUGCUGUUGAGAUCAUUAUUUUCCAUUAUAAGUAUAGGCCUGUAACUGCCUGUGCAUCAAGACUGAGCUAGUAAACUGGGGAAUUGUGAUGAGAAAUAUGAAAGAAACAGUGUAAAGGAGGACACUGUGAAACAGUCCCUCUGUAUAUCAGAGUAUAGACUGAUAUAGAAUUGGACACACUCACAAAGCUUUCCCUUCUUUGUAAUACCUGUACUUUGGUAGCAUCUUGCCCCUUAGUUUUUUUUUACUUCUUUAAGGGCCUAUGUUUGAAUUUUUGUUCUUCUUAAACUUUAAGUAGACUCUGUAGGGGAACUCUAACUAUCUG